AUGGGCAACUACGUUUCGUGCACCUUGGCUCCUCCUUUGAUGAGGAACUCCAAGGCCGCCAGAGUCGUCAUUCCCACCGGUGAAGUCAAGCAGUUCAGGGAGAUUAUGAAAGCUGCGGAACUCAUGCUUGAACAUCCCACUUACUUUCUCGUCAAUUCUCGUUCUCUUCAUAUUGGUCGAAGGUUUUCUGCUCUUGCUGCUGACGAAGAGUUGGAGUUUGGGAACGUGUACAUCUUUUUCCCGAUGAGGAGAGUGAACUCCGUUGUCACCGCCGCUGACAUGGCGGUGCUCUUCUUGGCAGCCAACUCCGCCGCCAAGAGAUUGUCAGGAGGAAAGGCGCGUGUUCUGCCGGACAACCGUGAGGGGCAAAGCUCGGAAGGUGAAAGCGAUGCUGAGAUUCCAAAGUUGAGUUUGGAAGGAGUGGAUUCAGGGUUUCAGUAUAGGUUAAAUUAUUGUAGGUCAAGGAAGCCUGUAUUGGAAACUAUAACCGAGGAACCUGCUAGGUUCAGGUGA